AUGAAGGAGUGUCUCAAAGCUCCCCAGAGUGAACCAAAUGCCCUGGAACUAGUUGAAAAACAUACCACUAUUCCAGCUUCUCGACUCGUUGAUGUUGGACAGUAUGAUGGGAAGACCUAUAUGAUUAUGACAGUACUCCCCGGAGAGCAGCUUGAAUCCGUGUACCAUCUCAUGUCCUACGAAGAGUGCGACCGUCUUGCUGAGGACCUAGGGGAUUGCGUCGCUCAGCUUCGACGAAUCCCUAACAAUACACCUUAUCGCUUCGCUAAUACCGCUGGAGGUCCUAUAUAUGAUCAUCUUCUCCCGGACGAAGAACCGGUUGGUCCAUACAAUAAUGAAUCCGAUUUCAAUAAUCAUCUUCUGGGCUAUAUUGACUGCACCCCUGAAGAGGCUUUCCAGUCCAAUGGCGAAAACAGGUCUAUGUGCCAGGAUCAUCAGUCUUAUUUUACACAUGGUGAUUUACACUCUACGAACAUAAUUAUGCAAAAUGGUCGGCUGAGUGGCAUCGUGGAUUGGGAAUGUGCUGGGUAUAUGCCUGACUACUGGGAAUGUAUCAAGGCCCGGAGAGCUUCUUGGUCUAGUCCAGUUUUGUGGGCCAUAUAUGGUCCUGUGUUCAAGCGAUUCGGAGAUUAUGAAGAGGAAUGGGAGAUCGAAAGGAUCUUAUGGCGACAUACUCACUAG